UGUUUUUUGGGGUUUUUACUGGUUUUUGGACUGCCCCCGCCUCGGGACAAGCGUGCGGGAGUGGGGUACAGCCGGGCCCCCCCGGCGCCUCCUCGCCCAAGUGAGCCUCGGACUGCUGCCCGAAGAACCGGCUCGCCCAGCACCUUUGCCACUUCUCCUCCUCCUCUUCCUCCUCCUCCCCCUGGCCCUCCCGUCCUCCUCCCUCGCCCGAGGACAGCGGGACUCCCUCCGAUGCCGCUCGGCAGGCUCAGCGCUCGCAGCCAGCCUUGCCGGGGGCUCUCCUGAUCUCCGUGGAGCUCCGCAGCGCUCGCCCCGGUGGUUUUGCUCCCCCCCAUCCCUCCUCUCCACCCACCCCUUCCCCCUUUUCGCCUUGUCGGGUGUGUUUUUUGCCUGUUGGAAAAGUCCCCGCUGCCCAGGAUGGGGGUCGGUGGGUGCUUAGCCCUGCCCUGGAGGUGCCUGGUCGUCCUCUGUCUCAGGCUGCUCUUCCUUGUGCCCGCAGGAGUGCCCGUGCGCAGCGGAGAUGCCACCUUCCCCAAAGCCAUGGACAACGUGACAGUGCGGCAAGGGGAGAGCGCCACGCUCAGGUGCUCCGUGGACAACCGAGUCACCCGAGUGGCCUGGCUGAACCGCAGCAGCAUCCUCUAUGCUGGCAAUGACAAGUGGUGCUUGGACCCUCGGGUGGUGCUCCUGGCCAACACCAAGACCCAGUACAGCAUCCAGAUCCAGGAUGUGGACGUGUACGAUGAGGGCCCCUACACCUGCUCCGUGCAGACAGACAAUCACCCCAAGACCUCGCGCGUCCACCUCAUCGUGCAAGUGUCUCCAAAAAUCACCGAUAUCUCUCCUGACAUCUCCAUCAAUGAGGGCGGCAACGUCAGCCUCACCUGCAUAGCCACGGGCAGGCCAGAUCCAACAAUCACCUGGAGACAUAUCUCACCCAAAGCCGUGGGCUUCAUCAGCGAGGACGAGUACCUGGAGAUCACGGGCAUCACGCGGGAGCAGUCGGGCGAGUACGAGUGCAGCGCCUCCAACGACGUCUCAGCGCCCGUCGUCCAGCGAGUCAAAGUCACCGUCAACUACCCACCGUACAUCUCGGACGCGAAGAGCAGCGGGGUGCCAGUGGGGCAGAAGGGCAUCCUGCUGUGUGAAGCCUCCGCCGUCCCCUCCGCCGACUUCCAGUGGUACAAAGAUGACAAGCGGCUGGCUGAAGGACAGAAAGGGCUGAAAGUGGAGAACAAAGCCUUCUUCUCCAGACUGACUUUCUUCAACGUCUCUGAGCAGGACUAUGGGAACUACACCUGUGUAGCCUCCAACCAGUUAGGGAACACCAAUGCCAGCAUGAUCCUCUAUGAAGAGACAACUACCGCUCUGACACCCUGGAAAGGCCCCGGCGCGGUGCACGACGGGAACAGCGGCGCGUGGCGACGAGGAGGCUGCGCGUGGCUCCUGCUCCUCCCGCUCGCCCAACUCGCCCGCCAGUUUUGACCCGAGAGCCGGCCCGCGGAGCAGCGGCGGCGACGACCACGGCCAGCGAGAGAGCAAGCAGAAAGGAGAGGAAGAAGAAGAAGAAAAUGAAGAAG